AUGAUCAAUUUUAUACUUCUUCAAAAUAGACAAGGAAAAACCAUAUUUUCAAAAUGGUAUAUAAGUUGUGAUGAAGGGAAAAGAAAACAAAUUGAGAGAAACAUAAAUAAAAUUUUGAUAAAUCGAAGCAGGGUUUAUGCAAAUAUAUUUGUAUAUGAUCAAUAUAAAAUUAUUUACAGAUUAUAUGCAGGUCUUUAUUUUAUAGUAUGUAUUGAAAAUGAAAACGAAUUUUAUAUUCUCGAAUUUAUCCAAUUUAUGGCUCAACUGUUAGACGCAUUUUUCACAAACGUAUGUGAGUUAGACCUUCUUUUUAAUUUUCAUUUAUUAUAUUAUUUUUUUGAUAACAUAAUAUUAGGAGGUUAUAUAUAUGAAGUGAAUAAAAAUAUAAUUUUAGAUAAAAUUAGUAAAAUAAAAAAAAUUUUAUAA